GCCCAAACUCGAAGCCCAAGCUUCGAAAUGCCGAGAAAGACAGGCGGGCCACCUGCGCUUUUGCAGACGAGAUUGCCUUGGCUGCGCUAGCCGAGUGGCGGCUGAGGCGCCCUGCAGACUUUGAGCCGCGACAGACUGUCUUGGCUGCUUUCUUGGCCCUCCGGCUUGGCGAGCUCUUUGUGGUGUCCCUCGGCGUCGGCACGAAGUUCCGCGGCGCCGAGGCGGAUACCUCGGCGCAGUCGUUGCGGGAUCUACAUGCAGAGGUACUCGCCCGCAGAGCCUUGAAGAGGUUUCUGCACCAGGACCUCUGCCGGUGCCUCGGCGGCGCGCACGGAGAGCUCCUGUCGCGCGUGGCGUCCGAUAGAUUCGCUCUGCGGGAGGACACGAGCCUGCAUCUCUAUACCACUUCUGUGCCGUGUGGGAAUGCUGCCUGGAAGCGCUGGGCCAAAGGAGGUAGUACUUGUCCGAAGCUUGACGCUGACACAAAGACGGAGUGGCCAAAGCAGCUGCACCCGAAGAUACACCUCCAUGCACGUCACGAGGGCCAGGCUUCAUUCUUGGCGAAGGCCGCCGUUUCUGUACCAGACGCCGAAACACCUGCCGGUACCGAGUUUCUGCAAGCCUGGGGCAGCGCCAAGCAGGGCCCGCUAACCUGCAGCGACAAGAUCGCCACCUGGGCGGCCAUGGGUUUGGCAGGAAACGCAUUAAGCGCCGUCCUGGAACCUGUGCGGCUCUCCACUUGCACGAUCGGCCGGAAGUUCUCCUGGCCCCACGCAGCCCGUGCCCUCUGCUGCCGACUGCAGAAUUUCACGCCGGAGCUGCUGAAGGAGCUUCCACGGGGAUACGGCCUCCAGCACCUCGACUUGCUAGGGUGCAGUGUGAAGUUCGAUGAUGGCAUCUACGAGGAUGGGAGUGGCGCCGACUUCAGCGACCCACGCUGCCUUGCUUGGACCCGGGGCGACGAGGCGCCCGAGAUUCUAGAUGGCCGGACCGGGCGUUUGGUGGGCGGCGAGCCUUCCACGCUCUCCAGCGCGAACCUGACAGAGUUGAGCCGGCUCUGGAAGCCGCAGCUGCCAGAGGCGACUAUGAGGGAGCGGCAGGACGCCCAUGCAGAAGCAAAGCAACUUCUCCGCGGCUAUGUGGACGAGCGAU